AACCAACUCAACCAUAAUCAUCCAACUCGACCUACAGUUGCCGAUGGCUAGCGCUGAGCGCUGAGCAUUGACUCCAGACUUGAUUCUCGAUUUAUUGUAAAUCCUAAGUUUGAGUGGAAUGCCAAUGAUGAAAGUCGAAUAAACAGCGCGAGCACCAAUGUCGCCUUUACAUUCCUCGAGCUCCCCUUCAUUUUUAUACACAACGGACUACGCGCCUGCGCCACGGAUCGGACCAACGAUGGACGAACCAAUAUCAACAAACCUUACCACCGAGCCAGGUUUUCCUUUAGGAGACUAUGGAUUAUUUGAAGAAGAGACACCAUGGGAUGAUAAGAGUCAGGAAGAAGUUGCAUUCCUUGUUCAGCCUCAGGACAAGUCAUCAUCACCGUUGCCGGUUAAAACGUCUACAGAUAAGCCUGCUAUAUCGGUCUCGUUCAAUGAAAAUGUUGACCUUUCGCCUAUUCCAAUGUCUAAAUUCCAACGCGCACGCGCAAAUUUCGCUCCAGAAAUGUCGUAUUUGGCACUCCUCGAGUCACGCCUUGGAUUUUUCCCUCCUUCAAAAGGUCGUCGGGUCUGCAUGUCUCAUAUCAGCGUCCCACCUUUGCCUCACGAUAAAUCCGAAUACAGAACAUUGCGUUUUCCCAAUCGUGCAAGUUCAAAUUUUGCGAAAGCCAAGAGUCCCGGAAAAUCCAAAGCCGGCCUCAUCCAACGGCACGAGCACAUUCGAGCCACGUAUCAAGCAGAUGGGGCAAUGCUUGUGAACAAGCCCUUCAGCGGUAGCCUAAGUCCAUUGGCAACCAAACCUCGACGGGGUCCAAGCCACAGUUCUGAUGACGCCGCUACCCGGCGGAGUAAAAGUCAAGAAUUCGAAGUGAUACCAUCACCCAGAAAACGGCGUCGACUCUCAAUCGACAGCAUGGGAUCGUUCCCUCCUAAAAAGAAACCAAAGAGGUAUCAAGUACGGGAGGUGCGCCCGAGGAGUUCAGAUGUCGACGAGAAGGCGAGUGUCACCGAGGAUUCCGAUAACUACUCUACGCAGGAUGACGAGUAUGUCACUGACUCUGAGGUCGUGUCUGUAAAUUUGCGUCCCAGGACCCGCUCGACAUGCCGACAUAAUUCCGAAUCGGAUCGUAUGGAGUGGCACGACACCAGAUCUGGCUUGGAACUGGAUGUCGAUAUCCAGCCCACCGCGACGCCUCCGCCACCUCUCAUGUCUGCAAAGGCUAGAGGCAAGCAAAAAGCUAUACCCAUCCAUCAUGAAAAGGACUCGCUUUCUCCCCAACCCCAUAUCGACGUUGAUUUCAGCAAUGAUAUGCACCUCGAAGACAAUCAUUACAGCGAUCCCCAUACCGUAGUCUCUCCCUCUGCACCUGACAGCUAUGCCAACGGCCCCACUUCACCGCCACAUUCUGCAUCCCCUUCUGAGGAACACCUACUUGAUUCCUUCCCGGAUCUUUCUUUCUUCGAGAAGUAUGCGCCUCUACAAAAACACUCUCUUCCCAAUUUUUGGUUUCAAGGAUGCUCUAUCCCGCACGGCCAGACGCUCGAUCCGUCACUUUUAGGUGGUCUUGGGUUUACGGACCUCCAUGACCUAAUGUCGCCUUCGCCAUUACGGUUGGGUUCUCCUGGAGCCGGUGUGCCAUUGCCACAGCCUUUACCGGAUUACCGACCUGGCAGAGAUAUAUCCCGUUAACCCUUACCACCUCUACAGCAUCCUAUUGUGCCAGGAAAUCAGCUAUUACUGAAGCGGUCGGACGCGAAUGAAAACAGGGCUUUCCCGCUCGUAGGAGGUUAAGCAAGUGGUAGAAGAACCUGCAACCAAAUUGGCCUAAUUCGUUACAAAAUGUCCCCCGAUGUUGUAUAUCUCCUUCGUUACCUUGUAGGUCAGCAUUACCUACAACGAACGUUCAUCCAGUCAGUCACCUUAAACGAACAUCCUCCAAUCCUCCU